GAUUGUGAGGGGAAGUUGAGAAGAAAGGAAGAGAGGAGGAGACGUGACGGGAUUGUUGAAACUACUCUCCUGGUGCCCAACCACCUCGCCGCAGCGGCCGGGUUUCGUGUGUAAACACCACAGCAGCGGUAUCCGGGUCUCAGACAGCUACUAGACAGCAGAAGUCCAGAUUGUGAAGUUUGCCGCACACUACACCAGAAGAUCUGAUUAGGUCAUGGCCAAUCGAGGAGGAGCUUCCAGACCCAAUGGGCCCAACGCAGGGAACAAGAUCUGUCAGUUUAAGCUGGUGCUGCUGGGGGAGUCGGCCGUGGGAAAGUCCAGCUUGGUGCUCCGCUUCGUUAAGGGCCAGUUCCACGAAUUCCAGGAAAGCACAAUAGGAGCGGCCUUCCUCACCCAGACGGUGUGUUUAGAUGACACAACAGUGAAGUUUGAAAUCUGGGACACUGCAGGUCAGGAGCGUUACCACAGUUUGGCACCCAUGUAUUACAGAGGAGCACAAGCCGCCAUCGUGGUCUAUGACAUCACAAACGAGGAAUCUUUUGCUCGGGCAAAGAACUGGGUGAAGGAGCUUCAAAGGCAAGCUAGCCCUAAUAUAGUCAUCGCUCUGUCAGGCAACAAGGCUGACCUUGCCAGCAAGAGAGCUGUCGACUUCCAGGAUGCCCAGUCCUACGCAGAUGACAACAGCUUACUCUUCAUGGAGACUUCAGCCAAGACGUCUAUGAAUGUGAAUGAGAUAUUUAUGGCUAUUGCAAAGAAAUUGCCAAAAAGCGAGCCUCAAGCUCCGGGAGCAAACAGUGGCCGGAGCCGUGGAGUGGACCUGACAGAAACCGCGCAGCCAGCCAAGGCCCCGUGCUGCUCCAACUAACGCGAAGAACAGGCGUUCCCAGACCUACAUACUAGUAACUAAUGUGGCCAGUGCCCCAGAUGCCACUGCGGCUACUAAUGCAAUGUGUCACCCAUUGUUUGAAACAAGAAAAGAUGCCCCCGUGCCCCUUCCCCCCUACCCUUUUUCUUUUUUACUCUUCGUCUGCUCUUUUUGGCUGUAGCGAAGUCAGUGCCAUCACACUGAUCUUUCUUUGGGGUUCUGCCUCUUUUCCUCCAUUCUGGUUCUGCUGCUACCUGGUGAAGCCUCCUAACCACUCUGUCUUACUUUCUGCAGCCCGGCUUGGUACAUCUAUCAGUUGUCAUUGGUAGAUCAGCGAUCACAGACAAUAGAAGCAUAAAUACACUCUGCGUUUUAUAGUCUUCCUUCCUUGACUUGAUAAAAGUUUGAUUUUGAGGAAGUAAUCACUUCCUUUUCCUGGAAUAGCUUAAGACUUUACUACUUCUUUUUUUUUUUUUUUACCAGUCUUCUGUAUUUAGGUCUCUCUUUUUUUUUUGGUAGGUGUUUAUUAUUGUUUACUUUAAUUUUGUUGACAUUAUCAAAGCACAUACUUGUAUAUUUACAUGGACUUAAGUAGAAUUUUUAUUUUUUUGUCUACCGUGGCACAAAAAAGCAUGUUAAGCGAUGAGGAGUCUAUUCUCGUAAAUCUGAGAAAAAGGAAAGGCAGAGGGUAGAGAGACCGAGAGGAACCCUGAGCUCUGUCCCUCUUUUGUCACUGGGACCCUUUUAUCUUAAAGUUUAAAGAUAAUUGGGCCCGCAGUCCUUUUAAAGCCUUUCUCUGAUCCCCUUUUCCUGCCCUCUGCUGUCAUUGUCUUCUCCCUCGAUUAAACCCAAAUUCACACGAGUGUAUAUCUUUUUUUUUUUUUUUU